GAAGUACCAGAAUGCAAUACUAAUGGUACAUGCUCAUGCUCGACAGGUUCAUUUGGAACUUCAAAAGAGGUUUUUUUUUGCUCAGCUUCAUCCUUUUUAGAUAUAGAUGAGUGUGAGUUAGGUAUUCAUAAUUGCUCGCAAAAGUGCCAUAAUACAAAAGGAAGUUAUCGGUGUACAUGCCAUUCGGAAUAUUUUAAACUGGCCAGUGAUCAACGAUCAUGCAAAAGACUCGAUUCUGAGGAACCUUGGCUUUUCUUUGCAUAUGGUCAAAGUAUCUGGAAUAUGUCAAUGAAUGGUGAAGAAAUUUAUUUGCAAAAAAGUGGUUUACAAAAGGUGGCAAUGAUAGAUCUUUAUAUCAAGGAAAAGAAACUUUAUUAUGCUGACGUGCAACCCAAUAUCCUCGAAGUGACUAGCCUUGAUGGCAUAUAUUCACGACAGCUUCAAACAUUCGAGGUUGAUGGCUUGGAGGGAAUUGCAGUGGAUUGGAUUGGAAAAAAUUUAUAUUCAUUACGUCGCACAGAUUUAUUCGUUCAAACACUUGAUGGGCUUUUUCGAAAAAUUUUAUACAGAAAAAUAUUUCGAUUGCCACGAGCAUUGGUUGUUUAUCCUCAAAAGGGAAAAUUAUAUGCAAGCGACUGGAGUUCAUCAGCUUUUAUUGCUUGUUUAAACAUGGAUGGUACCAAAUGGCAAAAAAUCAUCACCGCCGGAAUAAUUUGGCCAAAUGCGCUAACGAUUGAUAUUUUUUCGGAAAGAAUUUUUUGGGCUGACGCGUUUUUGGACACAAUACAAUCAGCCGAUCUCGAUGGUAAACGACGGCGGACGGUCGUUGAAGGAUCUAAUUCAGUUCCACACGUGUUUAGUCUUGCUGUUUUCGAUGAUCAUCUCUACUGGACCGAUUGGACAUAUCGCGGUGUUUUAAAAGCUAAUAAACUUAACGGCCAAAAUUUCACUAUUUUAGAACGCACGACUUUCUCUCCAUUCUCUAUCAAUUUACUUUUUAUGAAUUUCUUAGACAAAAAAAAUGCUUGCGAUGCGGCUGGAUGUUCGCAAUUAUGUCUUAUAUCAGGAGGAAAGAAAGUAAAAUGUGAGUGCGGUGAUGGGUAUUUUCUUGAGAAAGAUGGCCAUUCUUGUAAAUCUAAAUGCUCGGAUAAAGAAAUUGUUUGUGAUGGAUCUGAAUCAAAAUGUGUAAGUAAAAUGUACCGCUGUGAUGGGAUAAUGCAGUGCAAGGAUCAAUCUGAUGAGCAGAACUGCACUCUUCGGAUUUGUCCGCCUGGACAUUUCCAAUGCCAAACGACAAAAGACUGCAAAAUGCCAAGUGCUAUUUGUGAUGGAAAACGGCAAUGUGUAGAUGGUUCUGAUGAGCGAUACUGUCAAUAG